GUUACGUCAUGUGACGGACGAGUGUGUGACGUGGCAGCAGCAGUGUUUAAAUGUGUUACGUGAUCCCAGAGAGUGUUACACGUUGUGACAUUAGUAGUAUUCUGUUACCUGGACACAUGAUAGGGCUGUUACUGGCUGUGUUACGUCACUGUGUUAAGGUGACGGGCUGUGACGUGGGCUCUCAGGUGUUAUGCAGUGUUAACAGUGCCACCGACAGUUCCAAGUUCAGCAGGUGUUACGUGAUGCAAGACAGAUUAGUUACCCAGUGUUACAGUGUCUUGUUAACCACCUACCUGGUGUGACCCCCCUCCUGUGAUGUGGGCUCAGCCAGGGUGUUUAAUAUGCAGUGCCACAGACAGUGUUAUGUUACCAGGCAGUGUUCACAGUGGCAUAGAUUCGUGUGGUGCCAGAAUCAGUGUGAUGCCAGCCAUUCGUGCCGUGACGGCAAAUGUAUAGAAUAACACCCAUGUGACCCUAGGACCCUGUACAGAGGCUUCGGGAAUAUUCGCACCGCUGUGAUGUAGUACUCUUGUUAAUUAAAGUUAAUCUCACGUCAAGGCUGACCUGACCAAGGCUACAGCAGGUCACACAGGGCUGUCACCUACCAAAACAACCCUCGCUUAUCAUCACCACAAGCUCUUUAGUGGGUGUGCGUUUAGGGCGGGGUGUGGUGGUAAUUACAACAUUUCUAGCACAUCCAGCCUGGUUUUGACAAGCCAGCAGACGUGUUUAUGUCACAAGGGGGGUACUUUUCCACGCGGGCUUUUCCCUUUCUUCACCCCGGAGCUCGCAGUCUCUCUCUCUCUCAUGUACCUUUAAGGAAGAAAGGGCCAUGGAAAUUUUACAGUAAAGAGAGAAAUAAGAGGAAAUUACUACCCUUAACUUACACUACUGGUAACCUAAGCUGUGGGGGAAAAUGACUUCAUUACAUAAGAACAUAGAAAUACUUAUUCCUGCUUUGGUCAGUAUAUGAUGCUCUUUAUUAUGGGGAUGCUGCUAUUUUACAGAAACCGUGCGCUGAAUGGAUGACUUUUUAAUGCUGGAGGUCCACUCCCUGACGCCCCGCCCUGCACGUCACGACCUGCCCCGGCAUCAGUUGAGCGGUGGCACUGCCCGGCACUUCCUCAAGAAGGCUCUCCUGCCCCUGACUGGCUGGUGUGACAGUCUGCUGCUUCUUGGUUGGUGUAGCAGUGCUGGGAGGUGCCAUAACACAGGGCACUCCUCACCUCAACAACAGUCUCUUCACCGACAAGUAAUUCUUCACCAACAAGCUUUUCAGCAGCUUGGAGAAAUAGACACUACCAAACGAAGAAGAGGAGGAGGAGGAGGACUGGGAAGAAGACGAGGAACACAGGAGGAGCCCAUUGAGUGUGUGGUGUCCCGCAGGCAGGCAGACCGAGACGCCAGCCAUUCAAUUCUGCCGAGGGAAGGAAGUCGUGUUAGUCAACUCUGAUGACUUGUACUUUUCUACCUGUUCUGUAAGCCAGUCACAGAAGAUGUGAACUGUAUCUGUACUAUGAAGUCUUAUAAAUAAAGUUAAAGGCUACA